AUGUUGUCAUUAGCUCUCGUCGCGACAGCCCCCAACGGUCUCGCGCACAGCGAGGGUUUGAGGAGCGACGGCGAAGGGAUAGGCAGCGGGAGCGAGGGAGCGAUGAGCGGGGAAGCAGGCGGCGAAAGAGUGGGGGGUGUAGGAAGCAACGGGAAGCGCGGUGGCGGGGAUGACAUCAGACGCGACUUGGACACGAGUGGCACGGUUGGACGCGGCUUUGAGCUGCAGGAUCCGCCGUCCAGCUUCGAUGCAUCUGUGGCGUGGCGCCACAUGCUGUACCGCACGGCUGACUCGUGCUGGAGCCAGCAGGAGCGACACCUGUACCACACGGCCAACACCGCCCCACCCUCCAACGCAUUCUUGAGCGCAGUGGAGGCCUUUGAGGCAAUGCAGAGGGAGUGCGUGGCGCAGGGAGGCGCAGAGCAGUGGGCGUGGGUGGGCAACAAAGGGAACUGGAGCAAGCACUUGCCACGUCAUGGGCCCGACAGGGAGCUAUGCCGCUACAUUCUGAUAGACGACGUAAAUCGAGGCGUGGGCAACAAGAUCACAGCAUACGUCACGGCGUUCAUCUUGGGUCUUCUCACCAACCGAGCCAUCAUCACACCACCAAGCGCCUUCCUCACUCGCCGCUUCUGCAACCCCUUCGCCCACGCCAACACCUCCUGGACUGUUGACUCGCACGCCUAUGA